UCCCUCCCCUCCUUAUGCGCACUGCACACCUGAACCCUUUUUACGCAUUCGUCUUUUUUUCCACUCCUAUGGUUAAAACUAGGUUGUCAGUGUUUCACAAUUAAUCCUCAGACUCUCCAGACUAUUUGCCUUUUUGAUCUCGGUGUGAAAGUGCGGUGAGGAUGUGGCCCCGGGGGGGAAUGUAAGUGUGUGUGACUGCAGAGAGUAGUGACGCCCUGCCCGCAUCCAGAUGUUCCAUGUUUCCCCUCUGGAGACAGAGCUCUGCUCACGGAGGAACGAGGGGGAGAUCCUGAACCGCACGAGCCAUUGUCCAUGGCACCAGAUCGGAUUGAAGGAAAAAUGAAAGUCAUGCUUUUUUUCUGAGCUGGAUGUUGGUGCAACUUUUCGUCUGGAGAAAUGGAGAGCGGCAAACUGAGGACUCCAAUCCUGCUGGGGAUACAGUUUCUCUGGGUGUGUGCGCAGACGGUGCAGGGGCAGUCUGGUUCCCAUCAUGAAAACGUGAUUGACCUUCUGGAGGCUCUGAACAUGUCCAGCCACAUUAGCGGCGUAUCCAAACUGCAGAGUCCCAGUGGCGUGAUGUACAGGAUACGUCCCAGAGCCCCCCACCUCACUCUACCAGCAGAAUAUUCCCACCUCCUGCACUCUAACCUGCAGGGAAGCAUGGGGUUGUACUUCGUGGGGCAUCAGUCGUCAGGCUCCAGUGCCACUCUCCUCUCCCUCUCCACUCCAUCCUCACCCAUUCUCCAAUUCAUCUCCUCCACCCUCAACGACACGCUGCGUUUGGACUACCAGGCUGGAGGAGGAGGUGGAGGAGGAAGAGGAGCUCGGGGCCCUGCCAGCUUUCUCUUCCCUGUGAGAAACCCCUUCUCCAGGGAGGAACGGGUACAGCUGGCCGUGAGCCUGGAGCCCGACAGACUGGCUUUUUUUGUGGACUGUCAGGAAGCUGUUGUUGUGCCGAUAAAAAGCGAGGAGCAGAUCCACCUGGAGCUGCCUCAGAACGUUGUCAUCACUCUUGCCAGCGCGCCGCGGAGGAAGGACAGCAAAUUCAGCGGAUAUUUGAAGACAGCUGAGAUUUCAAUGAAAGCAUAUUCAAGGCGCCCGUGGGUCUGCGACAAUUUUACAGAUAAUCUGCCUACGUCUAAACAUGCAGUCGCCCAGAGCGCAGAUUCUUGGGCUGACAGCAGCCGAGGGUUACAGCAGGGUGCUUCCCCCAGUAAAUCUCAAACAAGCCACAGGCCAGUGGACCAAACCGCCACUUAUCCCCAGGACGUCCAGAGUGACCAGCUGCAGCGAGGUGUCGCCCUGGGGCCUCCGGCUUCUCCUGAAGGGGUAAAGUCUGUUUCCCAGGUCCAGAAGGACGACAGGCUGAAGACGCUGGAGAAGAGGAUGGAGGAGAUGGCUCGUAUGCUGGACAUGGUCAAAGCUCAGAAUGCCGAACUACAAUCCCGUGUCAAGUACCUGGAGGGAUGUGAGUGUGUGAGGCAGCGAUGUGAAUGGGAGGGACGUGAAGUGGACGAUGGCCACCGCUGGCAAAUUGACCUCAGCAAUGUUUGCACUUGCACAUCUGGAAAGGUCACAUGUCAAUCUAACAUCAGAGGAUGUGAGCUGGACGGCACAAUUCAUAAUGUGUCCUACAGCACUCUGGAUGGAUGUCAGACAUGUACGUGUAAGGGUGGUACCAGGGAGUGCUCUCCUCUGCCCUGCCCCUCACUGGACUGCACACAGAAAGAGACUGUACCUGGAGACUGCUGCCCGCAAUGCAAAAGCUGCAUCCAUACUGGUGUCCGUUAUGAUCACAAAGCCAAGUGGAGACCAGAAGAGAGCCCCUGUGACGUCUGCCACUGUUUGGAGGGUCAAGUUCACUGUGAGAAGGAGCAGUGCCGCACACCUUGUAAAAACCCAGCUGCUCCACCGCCAAAUACCUGCUGUCCGGUCUGUCAGGGCUGUGGAGCGAAUGGUCACGACUUCCCCAACGGUGCCGCGAUUCCUACUGGAGACCGUUGUCAAGAGUGUACUUGUGUGAAUGGAAACGUGGCGUGUUCCCCUCUUCCCUGUCCUGCUCUGUCCUGUCGAAACCCUGUACAUCGUGCUGGAGACUGCUGCCCACGGUGUGAGCAGUGUGAAUAUGAGUCCAAGGUGUAUGUGGACGGACAGACGUUCCCCUCCAGGAGAGACCCCUGCCUCCGCUGCUACUGCUCUGCAGGCGAAGUGUCCUGUGAACGUUUGGACUCAUCGUGUCCGACACCGCGCUGCAAUCAUCCAGCUAAGCACAAGGGAGAGUGUUGUCCCACAUGUGAUGUGUGUGAGUAUGACAGGAGGAUGUAUGCUCAUGGGGAAGUGUUCACCCCUGCAGGGAGUGGGCCGUGUCUACAGUGCAGGUGUAAGGGUGGCAAUGUCAUUUGCCAUGAAGAGAAGUGUCCUCCUGUCCAGUGUUCCAACCCCAUAAUAGACCCACAACUCUGCUGUCCGAUCUGCAAAGCAUGUGUGUUGGAGGGGGUGGAGUAUGACGAAGGCUCCAGCUGGCAACUGGAGAACCGCUGCUCCAGCUGCACCUGUGCGAAUGGAGAAACCCGGUGUACACACGCGCACUGCCCACCCCGCGAGUGCCUGCAUCCCACCAAGACCACUGGCUCCUGCUGUGCAACGUGCGAAAGCUGCACCUACAAUCAUCGUAUCUACAGUGAGGGCCAGAGGUUUGCGACCCCCGAGCAGCCCUGCCACAUCUGCACCUGUCAGCACGGCACUGUGGCGUGUGAGAGGAGACCUUGUCCUCCUGUCAACUGCACCAACUCGUACACACCACGCGGAGAGUGCUGCGCUAAAUGUCCAGACUGCUCCUUUGAAAACCGUGUGUUUGUGGAUGGACAAGUUUUUCUCAAUCCCCUGAGUGUGUGUGAGGAGUGUGAGUGUGUGAGCGGCAGGAUCGACUGCCACCAAGCACAAUGCCCUCAGCCGCACUGUAACGCGCCUCGACCUGGAACCUGCUGUCAGAACAACUGCAAUGGCUGCACCCAUGCUGGGAAAGAGUAUCCCAACGGUCUGGAGUUUCCUCAUCCCACUGACACGUGCAGGACAUGCAGCUGCAUCAAUGGGAAUGUCCAGUGUCUGAAGAAGAGAUGUCCACCACUGCUGUGCUCACACCCGAAUGUGAUACCAGGAGACUGCUGCCCCCAGUGUCCAGCUCCUCCAUCGGACUGUGUGUUCGAACAACGGACCUACAGACACACCGAGCGCUUUUACCACCCGACUGACAACUGUCGAUCCUGUGGCUGCACCAACGGGACAGUUCACUGUCAGCGCAAGCCCUGCCCCUUCACAGCGUGUUCCCACCCCAUCACACAAGAGUGCUGCCGGACCUGCGAAGGCUGUUUACAUGAGAGUCGAGAGCGAGCCAACGGGGAGAGGUGGGAUGAAGCGUCAGACCCAUGUUCUGAAUGUUUGUGCCGUGAGGGAUCUGUCCGCUGUGAGAGAAAACGCUGUCCGCCCUCCAACUGUAACCACCCAGUCCAGAGGCAGUGCUGCAUGUCCUGUGACGGCUGCAUGUUUCACGGUAAAGAAUAUCCCGAUGGCACUGAGUUUCCCGAUGACCAAGACCCUUGUAGUGUGUGCUACUGCUACGGAGGGGAGGUCGUCUGCUCCAAGCUGCCCUGUUAUGGAGAUUGUAGCCACCCAUAUAACCCCCCCGGACAAUGCUGUGCAGAAUGUGACCGCUGCUUCUAUAACAGUGUGGUCCUGACCAAUGGGCAGACGAUCCCCGACCCAGGGAACCUCUGCUCUGAGUGUACCUGCCAGAGGGGUUCAGUGCGCUGCCUGAAGAAAACGUGUCCAGCAGCUCUGUGUCCUCACCCCGUCACCAGCCCAUGUGGCUGCCCGGUCUGUGAUGGUUGUCAUUUCCAAGGUGUCUCGUAUGUUGACGGUCAGGUUCUACCCGGAGGAGAGAAAGGCUGCGAGGAAUGCACCUGCUCAAGAGGCGAGGUGGUGUGUGUGCAGAGAAGAUGCCCAGCUGUGUCAUGUCCACACCCGGCUCUGGACGGAUGUGCCUGUGGAGUGUGUGAUGGAUGCAGCUUUAACGGACGGGACUGUUUUAGCGGAGAACGAUUCCAACACCCUACGGACCACUGUCAGCUCUGCUCCUGUCUGAACGGAGGUGUGGUGUGUGCAAGUGCAUCUUGUCCAAGCGUUGCCUGCGUGCGUCCGGUGACUCCUCCUGGAGAGUGCUGCCCCGUCUGCACCGGCAUAUGUCAGCAUCAAGGGAGAGAGUAUCAGUCCGGCUCCACCUUCCCUUCACCCACUGACCCCUGCUCCUCGUGCUCCUGCCUGAACGAGGUGGUGACCUGUCAGAGGAGACCUUGUCCAGUCCGGUGCUCUCAGCCGGUCCCUUCAGAAACCUGCUGCCCCGUCUGUGACUCCUGCCUGUACGAGGGGGUCGUGCACUCUCACAGUCACACCUUCACGGCCUCCUCGAACCCCUGCCAGCGCUGCACAUGUGUCAGAGGCACCGUCACUUGUGUGCCGCUAGUCUGCCCGUCGACGCCCUGCGCUCGACCCGUUACCAAACCAGGACAGUGCUGCCCUGAGUGCACAGUGUGUAUGCUGGAUGGGAAGGAGUUCAGUGACGGCCAAGCAUGGACCCUGAGUUCAAACCGCUGCUCCAGCUGCACCUGCCAGGCAGGUGAGGUCCAGUGUUCGUCUCCCCGGUGUCCCAAACUACCAUGUAUGCAUCAGGUGACUGAUCCAGGCGCCUGCUGUCCUCGCUGCAGAGGCUGCACGUACGGAGGAGAGGAGCACACCGAGGGCAGCAGCUGGUUCGCAGACUCCACUCCCUGUAUGACGUGCAUGUGUGUGGACGGAGUGACCACCUGCUCUGAAGUGCACUGUCUAUCUCCCUGUAUCAACUUCAUCAGCGUGCCCGGGGAGUGCUGCCCUGUGUGUGCUGACUGUGUAUUUGAGGGCAGAGUUUACGGCCCAGGGGACAGUUUUCAUCCGGCAGACGACCCCUGUCAGAUCUGCACUUGUGAGGUGAUGCCGGACGGAGAGCAACAUCUGAGGUGUUUACGAAAGCAGUGUCCCAGUCUGGUUGACUGUCCCAAGAGCAACAUCCUGUUCUCUGGUCCAGACUCCUGCUGUCCUGUCUGUGCACAGCCUCUCAGUAACUGCACCUCUGCACUGAUUGGGAACGAGGUGUUGGCCACAGAUGACCCCUGUUUUACCUGCCACUGCAAGGACCUGACAUGGACCUGCCUCCACCAGCAGUGCGUCCCGGUGACUUGUCCUCUUCGUGAACAGUUCAUGUCUCCAGACUCCUGCUGCCCUGUGUGUAAAGAGUGUGUGAUUGAGGGUCAAGGCAGAGUGGCCAAUGGCAGCAGCUGGACAGACAGCGAUGACAACUGCGUGACGUGUACCUGUAACUUGGGCUACAUUGAAUGCAGCAUCGAGGAGUGUUUACCUGCAGUUUGUCUGGACGGCCAAAAACCAGUAAAGACUCCAGGGAAAUGCUGCCCAGAAUGCCCUGCCUCGGGGGUGUCCUGUUUGCACCAGGGAACAGUGUAUCACAGUAACGAGCAGUGGGAGGUGGACGAGUGCACCGGCUGUACGUGUGUGUCUGGAGACGUGCACUGUCAUAGUGAACGCUGCCCUCCCCUCACCUGUGCAACAGAUGAGAUGCCAGCAGUUGUGCCAGGUCUGUGCUGUCCUCACUGCCUUCCUCGUCCGGCCACCUGCAUCGCCUUCGGUGACCCUCAUUAUCGCACCUUCGAUGGCCGCAUGCUGCACUUCCAGGGAGCGUGCACGUACGUCCUGGCACAGGACUGUGAGGAUGGAGACUUCAGUGUUCACGUGACCAACGAUGAUCGUGGACGUAAAGGAGUGUCCUGGACUAAAGAGGUCACUGUGUUUAUUGGAGACGUUGCAGUGCAGCUACUUCAGGAUUGGGUUGUGAAGGUCGAUGAUGAAGUUGUGAGUUUGCCGUUCCUCAGAGAACCGUACAUCUACGUCGAACGACAAACCAACACCAUCUUACUCAACACAAACAUUGGCCUGAAGGUGCUGUGGAGUGGCCGUUCACACCUGGAAGUGAGCGUGCCGGGCUCCUAUAAGGGCCACACCUGUGGUCUCUGUGGAAACUUCAACAACUACUACCAGGAUGACCUCCGAAUGCCCAGCGGACAACUCAGCCUAUCAGAGUCUGGCUUUGGCAACAGCUGGAGGGUGGAGAACGGUAGCCGCUCCCUCUCAACCUGUCGACCCGGUGAGGACGUUGACCCCUGCAAGGACGCAGGUUACCAGGCCAAGAAGGGCGCUAAUGCUCGCUGUAAGGUGUUGAAGUCCGCCGUCUUUAAGCCCUGCCAUCGGGUGGUGCCUCCUGAGCCGUGGUACGGAGCCUGCGUGUACGAUCUCUGUGCCUGCGGGGCCAACAGUGACGAGUGUCUGUGCGACGCUCUGGAGGCCUACAGCAGUCGGUGCAGGGAGGCCGGGGUUGUCCUGAAGUGGAGGAGCCCGUCGCUGUGUGCUGUGGGCUGUCCGGUGGAGAGGGGCUUUGUGUUUGAUGAGUGUGGCCCUCCGUGUCCCGUCACCUGUUUUAACGUCGACGUACCACUGGGGGUAAUAGAGAGCCACUGCUUCAAGCCCUGCGUCCCAGGCUGCCAGUGUCCUGCCGGUCUGGUUCUGCACAACAACCACUGCAUACAGCCUGAAAAGUGCCCCAAGAUCAUUCACGGCAAACACACAUGAUGCUUGAACUGCUACAGACAUUAAUUUGUAUACACUAACACACACACACACAAACACACACGCAAUGCCAUGCUAUGGUAAUCUGCAGUCUACUCACGGACUGCAUCAGCCUUUGGUCACUGAAGUUUGAAAUGGAACUCCUGCCACGACCUGUGGAUUCUACACUUUGGCUUGAGUGUAAAACUGAAUCCUUGAUGUUUAUAUAAACUUCAUAUAUAUAUGAAUCAGUAGCACUGAAUAUUUAUAUAACAAAGCAAAUUGUUUAAUUCAUUUCAAAUGUCACUUGUUAUUUUGUAUUUUUCCUGUAUCACAGAUUAAUGAGAUAUGAGAUUGUUUAACAUUUUUAUUUACAGUCCAAAGAUCAUUUGUUUACUGUUCAGGUUUAUUUUAGCCUGUGUGAUAUUGACUGCUUAUACAAUAAACCACAUGACCUCAGGUGUUUCCUUUAUUUUCGCUCUCAAUUCUACAAAUAAACAAAGGUUUCUCCAACGUU